UCGAGACGAACGCGAAACGUGCUUCAUUUAUUUAAAAUUUUGAACUAAAUUCAAUUAAUUCUACGUUAUUUCAAGUUAUUCCAACUCUCCAAAUGGCUGCUCUAAUAGUCCGUUCAAUCCUCAGUCGGCAGAUGAUGUUACGUGCUAAAAUUUCUCGUGAUUUGACCUGUUUACCAAAGCAUCAAAUAACGCCGGUCUUCAUACAACAACAACAUCGGCUGCAUUUGCAUGAUUAUCUUCGCUCGGAAGCGUCGGAAUCGUCUGGUAAGUGGGUCAAAGAUAGUUCCCGUAGAAGAGACCUUCGAGCAGAGAGCUACGACGAUGAAAGACAAACCUUGCUGGAAGCUAAACAGAAUCCGGACGUUUUUGGAACCCUGUCGCCCUCGGUUGAGGAACCGGCCGAAUUGGACGAGGGGGAUGUUGAGGAAGAAAAUUUCCUCCAGAACAAACCAGCCCGAUCCCAAAAGCUACGAACGCACCAGUACGCGGAUCUGAUCAAGGGACACCUGCGAAACCAACAAAUCCGUGAGGCAAUCGACGUACUGGAGGUGCGCAUGAAGGAAGAUCGCGUUAAACCGGUGAACUAUCUGUUCAACUUGGUCAUCGGGGGCUGUGCCAGGGUUGGCUACAGCAAGAAAGCCUUCCAACUGUACAACAAAAUGAAACAACAUGGGUUGAAGGUUACUGGAGGAACGUACACCUCGUUGUUCAACGCUUGUGCAAAUAGUCCAUUUUUGGGCGAUGGACUGGAGAAGGUGAAUCGGUUACGGGAGAUCAUGAUCGAGAAGGGUUACGAACCUAAUGAAUCAAAUUAUAAUGCGAUGAUCAAGGCGUACGGGCGAUGUGGCGAUUUGAAGACGGCUUUCCAGCUGGUGGAUCAGAUGAUUGCCAAAAAGUUGAGCGUUGGGACGGAUACCUUCAAUUUUCUGUUGCAAGCCUGUAUUAGCGAUACCGAGUUUGGAUUCCGUCACGCUUUAUUAGUGUGGCACAAAAUGCAUCGAAUGAAGUCAUUACCCGAUAUUUAUUCCUUCAAUCUUCUGUUGAGAUGUGUACGUGAUUGUGGCAUGGGUGAUCUGGAGACGACAGAACAGGUGAUCGAACAAAUUUUAUACUCCAGCGAAGGGGCACCUGCUCUCCUCAAAAAUUCAGAACAAAAGAUGAUCGAAAGUGGUGACAAUGAACAAGAAAAAGAAAUAGAACUGAUACCCAGUAAUAAUCUGUAUGCCUCGGAAGGUGUUCCCAAUCUUCUGUCUCGCAAACCUCACCUGGGAAGUCUUGUACGUUUGAGUGAAGUCAAAAAACCCGAAGAUAGAUUACUGUUACUAGGAGGUACCAGUUCAAUCUUACAGGAAAUGGAGCAACUCAAGAUUCGUCCUGAAAUCAAAACAAUGACCGAGCUACUGGACGUUGUUCCCUCGACUCAUGUGGCCGAAAAACAAGUACUGACAACGAUCCGGAAGCUCGGUAUCAAAUGUGACAUCGACUUCUUCAACAUACUGAUCAAGAAGCGAUCGAUGCGUUUCGAUUACGAAGGAGCCCGUGAAGUAUUAACUAUGAUACAGACUGCUCGGCUGGAACCGGACAUUGUAACUUAUGGGGUUUUGGCUCUGGGUUGUCGAACAGAGGCAGACGCUAAGAUUCUACUCAAAGAAAUGAAGGAUGCUGAAAUUAGAAUCAACAUUCAAAUUUUGGGGGCCAUGCUGCGUCAAGGUACGGCCACACAAAACUUCCGCUACGUUACCGAAAUACUAGAUAUAGUAAAAUCUCAACGCCUUAAACCAAACGAACCCUUUCUGCAGCACUUGGAUAAGUUCAACCAGAAGUGCGAAAAAAUGGCAAAUGCAUACGCUAAAAAUCCGCGUAAACCGGGUAAAGAAGAAUUCGCGCUGGAGCACAAUCGCUACAAGCUGAAGCUGGACAGCUGGAUGGACUUUAUGGGGCUCAAGGGCUUAACGAUGGACGCUGCUCGUGGCGUGGUUCGGGAACAUCCUUGGGAUCAGUACAAGCAACCACAAGCAGACGGCUAUGAAGAAACCAAGAAUCCGAAACUAAGGCAUCGCAAAAAGAAACAGCACUCGAUCCGGAAGAUUAAGGUAGAGGAACUGGGCGACGGGGAAAGGGAGGAGGACAUCAAACGGAUAGAGUGAUGUAAGUUACUAGUAGUUGUUUAGCUUGAUAGUAAGAAAUAUAGUUAUUAGAAAAGUAUACAAAUAAACAUUUUAAAAACUUGAUCCUUGAACUUUGAAAGCUUGAGAAAUUUUGUUAGAAACACCAUGUAGUCAUAGAGGUUUAUGCAUUGAAAAAUAGCAAAUAUUUUGUUUUGGAUUAAAGUCCUUUGAAAUCCUAAUAAUUCACAA